UUUGGUCCUUUCGUAGAAUCUGUUUCCUGUUUAUUAUUUUUCAUGGAAAGUCGUCUAUCACACCACGUAUGUAGUAAUUAUCAUAGUACAUGUCUACGAUUGCAGCGUGUUACGUCACGUAAGGCGGAAGCUCAAAGAAUCAAAUGGUUAAUGUCAGCUGAACUGAGCAUACUGGUUACCCAGAGCAAACUGGCUACAUCGGGCUCUAAAAAAGAGCGAUCAGUGAACUAACUCUCUAUAUUGUGCUACAUUGAACCUAAACCCAUCGUCAUCAUGGAUACUCUCUACACUUAUAGAUUACUACCACCCACAUAUACCAACACGAAGGACCCUGAAUACAGUUAUAGACUAGUGAAGCUCGAACUUGUAGACUGCUGGCAAACUCCAGACCUGAACAUCAUCAUCAAACAAGAGGAGGAAGAGGAUAGCGUUCUACAAGUUAAAGAAGAAGAGGAGGAAGAGGAUAUUUCUCUGCAAGUUGAAGAAGAAGAAGAGGAGGAGGAAGAGGAUAUCUCUCUACAAGUUAAAGAAGAAGAGGAGGAAGAGGAUAUAUCUCUACAAGUUAAAGAAGAAGAGGAAGAUCACACUUUCAUGGUCAAAGUAGAGGAAGAAGAGAAGGACAAAGCUCUUGUAGUUAAAGAAGAAGAGGAGGGUGGUUUUACAGUCAAAAAAGAAGAAGAAGCUAUAGAGGUUUUUAUUUUUUCUGAUGGAAACUGCAACCAGUGGCCUGUCAGUGGGAAGAGUCCCUCGGUAUCAGAAGAACAACAACAACAGACGCGACCAAAGAAACAGCCAAAACAAACCCAGGAACCCCAUCACUCCCCUCUGUACUGCCCCGACUGUGGGAUGAGUUUUGUCAGCCCUGGGAUACUGAACGCGCACCGCAGAAUCCACCAGCCCAGAAUAAUCCACACCACCACCACCACCGGUGAGCCGUCUCACUACUGCCAUGACUGCGGCAAGACCUUCGACACCGCCCGCUACCUCAAAAAGCACCGCUUGGUUCACACAGCAGAGAGGACGCACCACUGUUCCCAGUGCGACCGGAGCUUCCUGAGACUCCAGCACCUCAAAGAGCACCAGAGAACCCACAGCGGAGAGAAGCCUCACUACUGCUCCGCGUGUGGGAAGGGCUUCACCAAGGUCCGACUGCUCCGGACACACCAGCGGCUGCAUGCCGUGGAGGGGGCCGACGUCGUCCGGGAUGUGUCGGAGACGGGGAUGAAGGAAGGUAGUGGGGUGGUGAUGUCAGCGAUGGGGCGGAAGAGAGCGCUGAGAGUUCUGGCCGGAGUGGACUACUACUACUGCUCUGAGUGUGGGAAGAGCUUCUCCAGUGCGGCCUAUCUUAAGGUGCAUCAGAAGGCUCACACAGGAGACAAACCAUACCAGUGUGCUCACUGUAAGAAAUCAUUCAGCACGUCGUGGGGUUUAAAGGUUCACCGGCAGAAUCGCUCUGGAGAGAAGCCCUACCAGUGCGCCGACUGUGGGAAGAGGUUCUCGGACCUGCGCAGCCACAAAGCCCACCGGAGCACCCACACUGGAGAGAAACCAUACACAUGCCCUGUCUGUGGAAAAGGCUUUGCCUGGCUAAAGAGCCUACAGAAACACCAGGCCGCACACAGCAGCAGUGAUGGUGGAGUCAUAGAAGUACAUAUAGAAUAAUGCAGGAUAUGCUGGAGGGUUUCACUCCAACCCCAAUCCAGCAGGAAAUGAGAAUUGGAUUCCAAAUGAAAGCAACCGUCUCAGUGUGGUGCCGGAGGACGGGGCUGGACCAGCUGACAUAAAACAAUUGAAGGGGACAGUUUGAUUAAAAGCUUGAAAUAAAAGUACAAAUCCAGGUCAAAACACAGGGCCCUGAUUAUAGAAACACAACGUCAUGGUCUCUCUUGGAUGAGGGAAUGCUGUUGUGUCAGAAGGACAUCAAAAUGUCACAUAACACCGGCUGGUAAAGCUCUCUCUUGGAUGAGGGAAUGCUGUUGUGUCAGAAGGACUGUUUUAAUUACAUCAAAAUGUCACAUAACACUGGCUGGUGAAGCUCUCUCUUGGAUGAGGGAAUGCUGUUGUGUCAGAAGGACUUUUAAUUACAUCAAAAUGUCACAUAACACCGGCUGGUAAAGCUCCCUCUUGGAUGAGGGAAUGCUGUUGUGUCAGAAGGACAUCAAAAUGUCACAUUACACCGGCUGGUAAAGCUCUCUCUUGGAUGAGGGAAUGCUGUUGUGUCAGAAGGACAUCAAAAUGUCACAUUACACCGGCUGGUAAAGCUCUCUCUUGGAUGAGGGAAUGCUGUUGUGUCAGAAGGACAUCAAAAUGUCACAUUACACCGGCUGGUAAAGCUCUCUCUUGGAUGAGGGAAUGCUGUUGUGUCAGAAGGACUGUUUUAAUUACAUCAAAAUGUCACAUAACACCGGCUGGUGAAGCUCUCUCUUGGAUGAGGGAAUGCUGUUGUGUCAGAAGGACAUCAAAAUGUCACAUAACACCGGCUGGUAAAGCUCUCUCUUGGAUGAGGGAAUGCUGUUGUGUCAGAAGGACAUCAAAAUGUCACAUUACACCGGCUGGUAAAGCUCUCUCUUGGAUGAGGGAAUGCUGUUGUGUCAGAAGGACAUCAAAAUGUCACAUAACACCGGCUGGUGAAGCUCCCUCUUGGAUGAGGGAAUGUUGUGGUGUCAGAAGGACAUCAAAAUGUCACAUUACACCGGCUGGUGAAGCUCCCUCUUGGAUGAGGGAAUGUUGUUGUGUCAGAAGGACUGUUUUAAUUACAUCAAAAUGUCACAUAACACCGGCUGGUGAAGCUCUCUCUUGGAUGAGGGAAUGCUGUUGUGUCAGAAGGACUUUUAAUUACAUCAAAAUGUCACAUAACACCGGCUGGUAAAGCUCCCUCUUGGAUGAGGGAAUGCUGUUGUGUCAGAAGGACAUCAAAAUGUCACAUUACACCGGCUGGUAAAGCUCUCUCUUGGAUGAGGGAAUGCUGUUGUGUCAGAAGGACAUCAAAAUGUCACAUAACACCGGCUGGUAAAGCUCCCUCUUGGAUGAGGGAAUGCUGUUGUGUCAGAAGGACAUCAAAAUGUCACAUUACACCGGCUGGUAAAGCUCUCUCUUGGAUGAGGGAAUGCUGUUGUGUCAGAAGGACAUCAAAAUGUCACAUUACACCGGCUGGUAAAGCUCUCUCUUGGAUGAGGGAAUGCUGUUGUGUCAGAAGGACAUCAAAAUGUCACAUUACACCGGCUGGUAAAGCUCUCUCUUGGAUGAGGGAAUGCUGUUGUGUCAGAAGGACUGUUUUAAUUACAUCAAAAUGUCACAUAACACCGGCUGGUGAAGCUCUCUCUUGGAUGAGGGAAUGCUGUUGUGUCAGAAGGACAUCAAAAUGUCACAUAACACCGGCUGGUAAAGCUCUCUCUUGGAUGAGGGAAUGCUGUUGUGUCAGAAGGACAUCAAAAUGUCACAUUACACCGGCUGGUAAAGCUCUCUCUUGGAUGAGGGAAUGCUGUUGUGUCAGAAGGACAUCAAAAUGUCACAUAACACCGGCUGGUGAAGCUCCCUCUUGGAUGAGGGAAUGUUGUGGUGUCAGAAGGACAUCAAAAUGUCACAUUACACCGGCUGGUGAAGCUCCCUCUUGGAUGAGGGAAUGUUGUUGUGUCAGAAGGACUGUUUUAAUUACAUCAAAAUGUCACAUAACACCGGCUGGUGAAGCUCUCUCUUGGAUGAGGGAAUGCUGUUGUGUCAGAAGGACUUUUAAUUACAUCAAAAUGUCACAUAACACCGGCUGGUAAAGCUCCCUCUUGGAUGAGGGAAUGCUGUUGUGUCAGAAGGACAUCAAAAUGUCACAUUACACCGGCUGGUAAAGCUCUCUCUUGGAUGAGGGAAUGCUGUUGUGUCAGAAGGACAUCAAAAUGUCACAUUACACCGGCUGGUAAAGCUCUCUCUUGGAUGAGGGAAUGCUGUUGUGUCAGAAGGACAUCAAAAUGUCACAUUACACCGGCUGGUAAAGCUCUCUCUUGGAUGAGGGAAUGCUGUUGUGUCAGAAGGACUGUUUUAAUUACAUCAAAAUGUCACAUAACACCGGCUGGUGAAGCUCUCUCUUGGAUGAGGGAAUGCUGUUGUGUCAGAAGGACAUCAAAAUGUCACAUUACACCGGCUGGUAAAGCUCUCUCUUGGAUGAGGGAAUGCUGUUGUGUCAGAAGGACAUCAAAAUGUCACAUUACACUGGCUGGUAAAGCUCUCUCUUGGAUGAGGGAAUGCUGUUGUGUCAGAAGGACAUCAAAAUGUCACAUUACACCGGCUGGUAAAGCUCUCUCUUGGAUGAGGGAAUGCUGUUGUGUCAGAAGGACAUCAAAAUGUCACAUAACACCGGCUGGUGAAGCUCCCUCUUGGAUGAGGGAAUGUUGUUGUGUCAGAAGGACAUCAAAAUGUCACAUUACACCGCCUGGUGAAGCUCCCUCUUGGAUGAGGGAAUGUUGUUGUGUCAGAAGGACUGUUUUAAUUACAUCAAAAUGUCACAUAACACCGGCUGGUGAAGCUCUCUCUUGGAUGAGGGAAUGCUGUUGUGUCAGAAGGACUUUUAAUUACAUCAAAAUGUCACAUAACACCGGCUGGUAAAGCUCCCUCUUGGAUGAGGGAAUGUUGUUGUGUCAGAAGGACAUCAAAAUGUCACAUUACACCGGCUGGUAAAGCUCUCUCUUGGAUGAGGGAAUGCUGUUGUGUCAGAAGGACAUCAAAAUGUCACAUAACACCGGCUGGUGAAGCUCCCUCUUGGAUGAGGGAAUGUUGUUGUGUCAGAAGGACAUCAAAAUGUCACAUUACACCGCCUGGUGAAGCUCCCUCUUGGAUGAGGGAAUGUUGUUGUGUCAGAAGGACUGUUUUAAUUACAUCAAAAUGUCACAUAACACCGGCUGGUGAAGCUCUCUCUUGGAUGAGGGAAUGCUGUUGUGUCAGAAGGACUUUUAAUUACAUCAAAAUGUCACAUAACACCGGCUGGUAAAGCUCCCUCUUGGAUGAGGGAAUGUUGUUGUGUCAGAAGGACAUCAAAAUGUCACAUUACACCGGCUGGUAAAGCUCUCUCUUGGAUGAGGGAAUGCUGUUGUGUCAGAAGGACAUCAAAAUGUCACAUAACACCGGCUGGUGAAGCUCCCUCUUGGAUGAGGGAAUGUUGUUGUGUCAGAAGGACAUCAAAAUGUCACAUUACACCGGCUGGUGAAGCUCCCUCUUGGAUGAGGGAAUGCUGUUGUGUCAGAAGGACUGUUUUAAUUACAUCAAAAUGUCACAUAAGUAUGUGACUUGUAAUUAUAUAUUUUAGAUGUUUAUAUUCAUACACAAAUGUCGUUUGUAAGCCUAGUUUUUUGUUCUCUCAAAGUGUUCUUUGGAUGGAUUGUGCAACAGGUGAUGUCUAUAUUUGUUUUUUCCGACAGCAAAAUGUGCUCACUAUAACAUGAAGUGUGUGGAGUAAUGUUUGGUUUGGAUCUGAAAUGAAUGGAUGAUGAAAAUAAACAUGGUCAGUUGUUGCACUCCGA